AUGUAUCGUCCAAAUCUUGCCUUCAUCAAAUCUAGCACUCCACGAUCUCGCGAGUGUAAAAGGUUUUUGAGAUGCUCUACAUUGUGGCAACUUAACAAACCCACUCUCGCCGGUCCAGAUCCAACAGCCUUGAAAGUUAAAUUCAGGACCUGGAAAACCUUCUUCGAUGAAGUCGAUAUAUUCUCGAAAGUGGCUCUAGAACCUCGUUUCGAUUUUUCGACCUUUGACAAACAAGGAUUGAAAGUCCUUCGAAAUACAAAUUUGGAAGACGAAGACGUAGUCAAAGAUUCUUCCAUCGAUGCGUUCGAAAACCCAUGCUUGAAAGCCAUAGAGACCAUAUACGGUGGACGAUCGCGUCCAGUCUUUCGCCCACCAAGUCCGUUCUUGAACAUCGGGUUCCCCAGCCGAGUACUUAUAUUCCAACAAGGAGAAGGCUCUGGUUUCCAAGGAAUGCCGAUGCCCAAGUUGCUCGUAAAUACCAAGACACCACACGAACUUCCUCUCAAGGGAGUAGACAUUGUCACCGAAGUCAACAAGAACCGAAAAGACGGGGCGAAUAAGUACCUACGAGCCGUUCAUCAACUCCACGGUUAUAUGUACUACAAUAAGGUCGACUAUGGUAUCUUAACUACCGUUGAAUCAACAAGAGUUUUCAGGCGUAUCCACACUACAGACUACCCAGAGGGCUUGCUCGAGUUUUUUAAGGCUUUCAGGAAAGAUCCCACCUAUGUCCCGAUAGAUCCUACAUCCACGUUCGAGCUGCCAGAGACCAUUCUCCUACUUGAAGGACGCAGCAAAAUCAAUACGCCAAUUCCAGGCUUAAAACUCGGCCGCGAAAAUAGUGCGGGGAAAAGCGCCAAGGACCUGCGAUUUUUGUUGCAACAUGCUAUUGGAAGAUGCCACUCAAAGGUUAUACGAGCCAAGGCCUUCAUUGCAGGUCAGGAUCCCGAGACUUGCACGGGAACAUCGGUUAUUGUAAAGAUGUAUGAUCUUUACAAUCCAAAGACGAUUCUAAAAUACAAAAAGAGGUACAAACAUCUAUCGUCUCUCCAAGGCACUCACAUCCCACGACUAUACGUCAGUGGCGAUCACAUAGACGGCGGAUACGGUAUCGUAGUUUUAGAAGACUGUGGCAAAGAAAUGAACGAGCACGUUUUCAAAGACCCAGCCACAAAGGAGCAGGCCAAAAAAGCAUUGUUGGAAAUUCACCGACUUGGGGUCUUGCACGGGAAUAUCAGGCGUAGCAACAUAACUUACGACAAGGAAAAUGGUUCUGAUCCCCUGCAAAUUCGAAUAAUCGAUUUUGGGAAUGCUACCUUUGAUACCGAAAAAGUGACUGAUAGCGCCAAAGAGUUCGAGAUAAAACGAAUUACGUCGAAUCUGAACGAAUGA